AGAGCACAACAAAAGCGUGACCGCAAUGCAGCAGUGGCGAACAAGGGUCCCACCAGCCAAUUGAAGGCGAAUCAGGCGGCAAUGACAAUCAUCUGCAAUGUGUGUCGUCAGACCUUCCUGCAGACAGUCCGGGAGCCGGCGCUUAAGCAACACGCCGAGGACAAGCAUAAGAAGGUG